UUUCUUGAACUCUGGGUAUAAACUAGGGUCAUAUGCCAUCUGUUUGCGACUGUAAUGGUUGCUCAGGUAUUAUUCAGAUUCUAAGAAACGGAACAUACAGGCGUUCCAUAGCUGUAGGCUGCUGGGGUAUGAAUUAGGUGAAGGUGGUUGAUGAUCGCGGUUGAAGAAGACGUAUAAUUAACCAACGGCGAACGCGUCGUAAUUGAACGUCACGUGGUCGUUUGCAUUACUUACUCCAUUCACACUCUUCAACUUUGCUCGAAUUCGCAUCUGUGUGUGACUCGCAAUCGAGUCAGGAAUUGGUGGAGUCAGAUUGCCAUGAGCUCACAUCGCGCGCACACGCGUUCCGAUUACCUUUUCUUCCUCUCCUACCGAACUCGCUGGACCGACAACGACCAGUACUCACACGUCAACAAUUCUAUAUACUACCACCUCUUUGAUUCUGUAGUGAACACUUUUCUCAUCCAACAAUGUGGACUCACCUCUGACUCUGCCCAAAUCGGAUUGGUGGUCUCAUCCCAUUGUCAGUUUUUCUCUCCCCUGUCAUUUCCUCAGGUUCUGGACCUCGGUCUUCGGGUAGUGAAGCUUGGUUCAAGUUCCGUGACGUACGAGGUCGCGGUGUUUGAGGAGGGAAAAGAUGUACCCGCAGCUGUUGGGGGUUAUACCCAUGUCUUUGUUGAACGGGGGUCUAGAAAGAGUGCCCCCAUGGCUGAGCCUCUACGGGAGGGUCUUUCAGGCCUGUUGUCAACAAAUGAGAGCUUGGGAUCUAGGCUUUGAAGUCGUGAAUCGUCUUGGAGUCCUUAGAGCUCACAAAUGAACGAGCAGCCUGUGUCCCCGUGCUAUGACAAGCACGCUUGCCCGAUUCCUCAGUAUGACAA